AUGGCACCCGUCCGUCGCUAUCUGCGCAUCACAAAGUAUUCGGUGCUCGAGUGCCGCAUCUACCUGGACAAUCCCGCGUUGGCACAAUCAUGGCUCCUUAACCCACGCGACCCGGUUCUGCCCCGUGUCAUCGAAAGCGUGCGGCCCUGGGUGCUGCCCAAGCUUCGUGAAGAGCGUGACAGAGUGAAAAAGAGGUCGUCAAACAAGAAGAAAGGCAUUAAAGACACCGUGAUAGAGGGUAUCUCUUCCGUUUGGAGCUUCUUUAAGGUGCAUCAAUCGCUUACAAACGCAGAUGAUUUCGAAGUAUCAAUCUUCCUGACGGAGACCAACACCCGCCACUCUAUUCUCACCAAGCAUAAGCAUUUUCACGACAAGGCGCCAGAGAAACUGAAGUCCAAUACGAACAAGCUGCUAGGGGCUACCAAUGAGAACCCCGUACAUCUCGAUGAUUCAAACCAGCCUGUCCUGCGCGAGGAGAGCGACGAUGAAGUGACCACUCUCGCCGAUAUUCCACUUGCCGGUGGGAGAGGUGCAAGUCGUGGCAAGCAAACAAACCCAGACCAACCCGACGACAACGACGAUGAGUUUGGCAUGGAUGACGAAGAACCCUAUGCAGUUGAGAUUGACUCGGAUGAGGGCGACGACAGCGCGAGGUUACAUGGCAAUGACGAUAAGAAGAAGAUGGCCAUAGAUGUCUCCUAUGAAGGCUUCUCCAUAUACGGCCGUGUUUUGUGCCUCGUGGUGCGGAAGAAGGAUAGGUCCAACCAGCGGAGGACUAGCAAGAGCCGAACUGGUGCUCAAGCUGGGGGUCAAGCACGCAUGGAGAAUUGGAUCACAUCGACGCAAGUUCCGAUCGGAGAAGAGAUUACAUGA